AUUUCAGAAUUAUCUGAAGUGAGAGCGGAGCAGAAACAUUCUGCUAACAUGAUUGAGGGACUAUUCAAAGCAAUGGAUCUUCAAAUACUUAAAGGGGAACUGGAACGACAAGGAAAACUCGUAGAUGAGCUGAAAGCGAAAGUGCAACAACUGAAGAAAGACGGAGAUGAUAAGGAAUCAAGGAUUCACUUCCUUACAGCUGAACUGGAGCGUCUAGGGAAAUUGAUAGGUGAACCAAAUAACCAAUUGAACAAUCAAACUCUCAGAUCGGAACAGGAACGGCAGGGAAAGCUGCUAGAGGAACUUGUUCAGGAAUCAAAUAAACACAGUUCAUGGUUCAACCCACACAAUUGUAGCGAGGCCAAGCUCAGUGGAACUUUCGAAGCACAUCUCGCCAAGUUCAGUAGUCAACCUUUCAAAGUGGCCUGCGAUGCGAACACUAAAGGAGGUGGUUGGACAAUUUUGCUGAGGAGGAUGGACGGAAGUGUCAACUUCUAUCGAACCUGGACGGAAUACAAAGAGGGAUUCGGAGAUCUAAAUGGAGAGUUCUUCCUGGGACUCGAUAAAAUACACGCAUUGACGGCAGAUACGAAUCAGGAAUUACUUGUUGUCCUAGAGGACCGCCAGGGAAAUGAAACUUAUGAGUUGUAUGAGAGCUUUGCCAUCGGCGAUGAGGAUCAACAAUAUGUUCUACAUACCCUGGGCGAAGCGAGUGGAACUGCAGGUGAUUCUCUCUCUGCUCAUCUUGACAUGAAGUUCAGCACUUUUGAUCGAGAUAAUGAUACUUGGGAAAAGGACAACUGCGCCGUAUUGACCACUGGUGCCUGGUGGUACAGCAAAUGUCAUUUCAGCAACUUGGCGGGGACGUAUAAUGAUGACAGCAAUCAAAAGGGCGUCAAUUGGUUUCAUUUUAAGGGUCAUGAUUACUCCCUCAAAAGAGCCGUCAUGAUGAUACGCCCAAAGAAGUGAACAGUAAGACUCUACAAUGCUUAAAUCUUCUGCACCGUUAUAUUAUAUUGUAUUUUGCGAUUCCCCAAUUUAUCUUGUA